GUGGGCAAAUGGAAGGAAAAAAAGUUGCAGAUGAAGUAUUAUGUGUGGCCCCGCUUUGAGCUGUAUCCCGACUCUGAGGAACGUGAAGAUGAUCACCUGAGUAUUGUGACCUUGGAAGAGGCACCGUUCGUCAUUGUGGAGAAUGUGGACCCUCUAAGUGGCACCUGCAUGAGGAACACAGUCCCGUGCCAAAAACGCAUAGUGACCGAGAACAAAACUGAUGAGGAGCCAGAUUACAUGAAGAAAUGUUGCAAGGGGUUUUGCAUUGACAUCCUCAAGAAAAUCUCAAAGUCUGUCAAGUUCACCUAUGACCUCUACUUGGUGACUAACGGCAAGCAUGGGAAAAAGAUCAAUGGGACGUGGAAUGGAAUGAUUGGAGAGGUUGUCACCAAACGGGCCUAUAUGGCUGUGGGAUCCCUCACCAUUAAUGAGGAACGUUCAGAAGUGGUGGAUUUCUCUGUGCCCUUCAUUGAGACGGGAAUCAGCGUCAUGGUGUCACGUAGCAAUGGAACUGUCUCACCUUCUGCCUUCUUAGAGCCCUUCAGUGCUGACGUAUGGGUGAUGAUGUUUGUGAUGCUGCUUAUCAUCUCUGCGGUGGCCGUCUUUGUCUUUGAGUACUUCAGCCCUGUGGGCUAUAAUCGGUGCCUUGCUGAUGGCAGAGAGCCCGGAGGUCCCUCUUUCACCAUUGGCAAAGCUAUCUGGUUGCUGUGGGGGCUGGUGUUCAACAACUCUGUGCCAGUGCAGAAUCCCAAGGGUACCACUAGCAAGAUCAUGGUGUCGGUGUGGGCCUUCUUUGCUGUCAUCUUUCUGGCCAGCUACACUGCCAACCUGGCUGCCUUCAUGAUCCAAGAGGAAUACGUGGACCAGGUGUCUGGCUUGAGCGACAAAAAG